AUGGCAAGUUAUAUAACUCAAUAUUUCCCUCAUAUAUCAUCACUAUCGCUAUCGUUAAAUGAUGACAUAAGUAAGGAAUCAAUUAAUCCUUUAAUACGUAAUAAAUUGAAUUAUAUUUUAAUUGUCGAUUUUAAAAACGAUGAUAAUUUGAAAGAAUUUGAAGAAAACGAUUCAUCAGAUGAUAUUCUUGCAUAUGUUCAAGAAGACCCAAGCAAUAAUAAUGAAAUUAAUUCCAAGGAAUAUCAAUCAAUUGGAAUUAUAAAAGGUAUAUCAGCUUUUAUUCAUGGGUUUGGAGCAAAAUCAAAUGAGAGUCAACAAGAUCCUAUGAUACUAAAAUUACUGAAUGAAACUAUAAUUUCAUACAAGAUUGAAUUAGAAUAUACAAUUAUUUGUUCAAUCAAUUCUAAUGAUGACAAAGUAAUUAAACAAUUGGAAUAUUUAAUAAAACAACAAUAUUGCUUUUUCAAAUUAAUAAAUAAAUCUAUAGAAGCAAAUAUAAAAUUGGGAGUAGAUGUUGUCAAGAAAUUAUUAGAUGAAUGGUGGUCCAAAUUCUUGAAAUCUUUUAACAGCCAGGAGUAUUCGGAAGAUAUAGAUUGGCCAAAUAAAUUAAAUUAUUUAGGGUUCAAUAGUAUACAUUUGCCUAUACGGUAUCGAAAGUCUUCGAUCAAUAUAUCUAACAGGUUAAAGGAAGAGUUUAAGAAGUUAUUACAAAAUGAAGAGUUGAUUCCAUUGAGCGUUUUGAUAAGUUGUUUUUCAAAAUCUCCAAAAAAAUUGGGACAUAUAUCGUCUCAACUGAUCGAUGAAAAAAUCAAUGAUGAAUCAUUAAUUGAUAUUUACAAUUUAAUGGAAAAUGAUUUCAUAAUGCAACAAUAUACUCAUGACAAUAUAGAAAUACCGCAAUUGGAUGAUAGUAGUGGUCCACUAAGUUUGUUAAAUCCAAUAAACAUCACAAAUAACUUAGUAGUACAACCUUGGAAUUCAGUUUCUGGAAUUAUAAGAGGAGAUAAUACAGCUCAAGAAACAACAUCAGAUGAAAAUGACAAAAAGGUUGGUUUUGGGUGGUUAUCGAUGCCAAGUUUUUUAAGUAAAUCGAGUGUUGAAAUUAAUAAUAAUAGCAUACCAGUACCACAAGAACAUGCAAAUAAUGGACAAUUCCUAUAUGGAAUACAAGAAGAUGAAUCAAUCAGGAGAAAAAUAGUAUACUUGCCAAUUAAAAAAGACGAUGAUGUUGUAGAAGAAGAGUUUCAAUUAAUAACAUUUGUAAAAGAUGACAUAUAUAUAACACUAAUAUAUUCAUCAAUCGACACCAACAAAUUAGACGAUCCAAAUUUUUACCACCAACUAACAAAUAAUGUCUUGAUUCCAAUGUUAGAUGAUAUAGAACAAGAAGUAUUAAAUUCAACAAUGUCUAAAUCUAUAAAUUCAAUAAAAACAAUAAAUAUAAGUUCAAAUAUUGAUUCAGAUUUUUUAUAUACUAUAUUUGAUUUGAAAAACAAGACAUAUACAUCAUCAAUUCCAUUAAUUUUAACAAAUUUAUCACAACUGAAAAAUAAUCAAAUUAUAAUUAAUAUACAUAAUCAAUUAAUUGAAAUUUUAACGGGUUUAGAUUUAAAUAUUCAUGAAUUUUAUCAUAAAUUUAAAUCAAAUCAAAAUAAUGAUUGGAUGUUUUAUUUUAUUAAAUUUAAAAAUAAAUUAAUAAUAAUUUUAAAAAAUAAAAAUAAAUUUGUUUCUAGUAUUGGAAAUAAUGGUAAUGAUUUAUUAGUUGAAGAAUCAGUAAUUAAUCAAAUUACUGGUGUUGUUUCUGAUUAUGCAAGUUUGGGAUUUUUGGAUAAUUUAGGUAAUGAUGUUAAGUAUUGGUUAGGUCAAGUGAUUGAUACUGAAUAA